AAAAAAAGGCCACAGAUAAAAAAUUACGACGACUGUCUUAGGAAAGAAGCACGAGGAUCGAGUCCGACUCUUGAACCCACUGAUGAUGAGAGGGAAACGAAUUUUUGGAGAUCUUUUAACCCUCAACACUCGGUUGGGGUCGACGUCUAUAAAUUUGGGGGCGGAGGGGGUGAAAAAGAGGAAGAGAAUGACGGGGAUGAGGACGAGGGCGGGGAUGAGGACGAGGCGGGUAUGAUACAUUUAGAUGAGGAGGGAAAGGAAAAGAAUGGGGAGGAGAAGGAUAAGGAGGAGACAAGAUUCCCUGAUAGUUCGCACCACGGACAAUACGAGACAGGGGAGGGAAAGGAGAAGAAGGAUAAUGAGGAGGCAAGGUUCCCUGACAGUUCACAUCACAGACAAUACGAGGCAGGGAUCACCGAGAUGCUGAAACAGACUCUAGAUAUGUUGCGGAGAAUAGAUGGGGAAAUGGGUCAGGUGAGGACACAAUUGUUGAGACUAGAGAGGGCGCAGGAAUCACUAGAGAGGGGGCAGGCAGCACUAUGUGCUCAUCUACGCAUCCCACAUAUUUCCCUAGAUCGCAGCGAUCAUGCUCAUGAGCAGUCCCAGGGUGGUGAUCAGGUAGAUCUUGAUCAUCACGAUGAGGAGCAGGCAUCUACAUCUAGACUACAGGAGGAGGAAGUGGUUAGGGUCGACAGACGACCUAUGCGAGAUAGAUUGUCAUCGCAAUUUCGUCGGCCACCCUUCACCGAUCCAACAAAAUAUAAAAGGAGAAAGAAGGAUGCCGCUUUGGAGGGGUCGGACGUGGACUCGACGCCACCGGUACUAGACCUAAUCCCGCCGGACAUAGAGACAGUGCCCCCUGAGGGCUAUAUUGAGUUCAUAGGUUCCAAUGAAAAUAUUAGUCUUCACACUGGUUUCAUUCUCAACCUAACACCGGAUGACCUCCGAAACAUAGAGAAUGAGGCCAACUGGUUGGAGGGUUACCAUAUUGAUAGUUACAUGUGUUGCUUGAGACGUAUACAGUCUCGGCGUCAAUAUGACACAAACUACGCUAUCAUGUCAACCUCGUUUUUUGCAUCCAUAGUAAGAUUUUGGGAACAGGAGUACGGGGGCAACAGGAGGUUUUUUGCGCCUUCUAUCGCAUCUAUCCCGGAAGAGUGGACCGGUUUCGUCGACGGGCGCACUGAUAGGAGUCUCCCUUGGUGGACGGUCGAUUAUAUUUGCUUGAAAGAUAGGAGAAUUGUCAUAUAUGACUCCAAUGCCAUGAAUGAAGACAGUCGUAAGAGCAGGGUCGAAGCUAUACAACCACUUGUGAGCCUCUUACCCAUUCUACUAAAGAAAGCUGCAUAUUAUGAACAUGUAACCACAACUGCUAUGCUAGACAGAGAUUGGGAAGUAGAGAAUACUGAUCCUCAGAAGUUGCCUCAACAACCGGAUGGGGCCAGCUGCGGGUGCUACGUUAUUAAAUACGUCGAGGACAUACUGAGGCAUAAUGAGGAUCACUGGCAGAUGCACCCAACUGUGGAUGUCCGUACCCUCCGGAGACAGAUUGGAAUAUUUUUGUAUAGACAUAGUACGAUAGUACGGUAG